AUGAAUCGUCCUCGGCGAGCCGCUGCUAAAAAGCCAGAGGGUCACUAUGCCCCGGCCUCUUCCAUAGGAAAGAGAAAGCCCGGUUCUACUGCUUCGGCCCGGAAACAGCGCAAAGGGAAGGAUCAUACCGAGACAGAUGCAAUGGGCUUGAAUAUCCCUGGUCCUGCCCCUGAUACUGUCCCUGUUCCCAUCCCUGUCGUUAUGCCUCUACCUUUGGAUCCGGCCGCACUUGCAUUAGAUUUGAAACAAUCCUAUGAAGGCCAAAUUCCACAACCGACACUGCCAAAACGGCAGAAAAGAUGGCAACAGCCAGCAACGAAUCCAAUUGUCAACAUCACGGAUGCGCCAAUAGGUUGGAAUUCCGAUGAACCGGAUCUUCAUCCUGAUGAUUUGAAAUCUCAGAUUGCAAGAUGCCAUGAGCGGAUCAGUGAUAAUAUCAUGAGCCAGGAGUUUCAAUUCAAGCUGGAGGAUUUAUUGCAACAGCAGAAACGUCGCGAUGCGAUGAUGGCGUUGGAGCCGGCUGGACUGAGUUGGCCUGUCGUCCAACGCUUGCAAACCCUCGGAGGCACUUUAAAAUGGCUUCAGAGCGAGGAUGACAAGUACGAGCUAGUUGCAAAUGUGACAAACAUUAUGGCAGCAUAUAGAUCGGGUCAAUUGAGAUGGAAUCCGGGUCUUGUUACCUACUGGUCUAAAGGCGUUCAACUCUGCCAGCCGAGGCCUUUCAAGUGGGAUGAAUUUGAUCUCAUCAAUGCUGAACAUGCCGGUCACACAGGCUUUUGGGUAGAAGGGCUUGAAGGACCAGGACCAGUGAACCAAAUGGUAUCAUGGGCAACUACGCAAUUUACAGCAUUUACAAGCGAGAUGAAAAUCCAUGUGAAAAUUAAAGAUCUGGCUAGAGGGCCAGCUAAGCCCGUUGAACUUAUCUUCCUGGAUGAUACGGGGGCUAGUCUCAUGCAACUAAAUAAAAGCGACGUGGAGCGACUCGUGAAUUACAAUGCCGAUCCCAUUGGAAAUACGCCCCCUUCUCCAGCAAUGUUAGGAACGGUGGCCUUAACCCUCGCUAAUGGGGCAGUCGAUUAUAACAUCUGCGUCCGACUUUACGUUAACAUGUUGGAUAAAUCUACCAAUGCCUUCUUGUCCCCCGCAUGGCAUCCAAUCCAAGUCGUUGUUCUCGAUGACGAUCUCACUGCACCAAAGCUGCGAUUGAAUGGUCCGUGGCCACGACACAGGAUGUUUUCAGCGUCGGUUCCCGAUGGCUCGUGGAGGACCUAUUUUAGCGACUUGCCCCCAUCUUCAAUGGUUCUGCCCGUGCCAACUGCACUUCAAAUGACCAGUCUGUUACCAGACAAUAGACUAGUUCCAGCACCUGCAGGAGCAGUUCCCUGA